AUGGGGGACAGCAUGAAUGACAGUCAACUGCAACUGCUCUCGAUCUGUUUGCGCGACCCCAACAUGGUGGCGCUUGCUCGACGCCAUCUCGAGUCGUUCGCCUGGCCUCCCGGAGUCGCGACGCUGGACGGGGACUUGGACGACGGGCCCACUGGCAGCCAGAACCAUGCAAUGCUGAUAUCGGACAAGAAUGCUAAACGAUCGGGACCGCCCUUGAAUGAGGCCUUGAUCUCUGGCCUGUUCCCAACAGAUGACGCCGCGACCAGAGACAAUCCGAUCACUUUUCCACUGCACACGGGCCCGUCUACUGGCCAGUCCUGCAGCCAUCAGACCAGCGCCCUAGCAACCACCUUCUCCGAUAUCAACACAUUGUCGUUGCCCGCAAAUCCCCUCACCUCUUUCCUCACCUCCGGCGCGUCUGGUCCCCUCAAUUUCGCUUUCGCCCUGCCUCAGCCACCGGUACUGUCCGGCUGUCCGAUGCAGUCGGCUUCCUUGCAGAUGCCUCAUUUGGCCUAUCCGGCCAAUAUUGCUUCGUUUCUGCCCCAUGCAUGGCAGAGCGGGCGCACUCGAACCGCCUCGCCCUCUUCCCUGAUCGGAUCAUCCAUCACGGAUACUAACGAUGAACUUGUCCUCACUCUGCCUCCCCUCGACGGCCAGUUGACGACAACAGCAAGAGUCGAGGCCUACAGACUCGACAGGCCUUCCACUCCAGCCGACAGGCUCGACGACAAGGCCACUUUCGACCAGCCUCGCAACGAGGGCCCACUUGCCAUGGAUGCUUCUGGUGAGGUUGACGGCGACGGUGACCUGGCCGACCAGCAAUUGAUGUUUUUGCCGAUGGCAAAUCUGAGCGUAUCCGAUAUUUGCAUCAACCGGUUUCAGUUGCAGUUGGCCAGCCAUCUUCAGGAGGCGGCGCGCCGGCGUCUCGAUGCCUCCGCGGUGCUGAGUCAGGAAGAAUGGCUCCGACUGCAGGCGGCCGAGGUACCGAAAAUGCCUCCUUUCGAGGCGGGAAAAGACCAAGCCGAGCCGAAAGGUCGCCUGACCUGUUCGCCGACAAUGGACUCCCCGGCCGUGAUACAAGCUGGCUCGACAACAGGCUUGAGCAAUCGUGGCCGCUCCGGCCGAGUCAAUGGGCCAUCUGUAAAGCCACCCUAUUCCUACAUUGCACUAAUCACCAUGGCAAUUCUUCAGGCGCCCCACAAGCGACUGACGCUGGCCGGCAUCUGCGACUUCAUUAUGGCACAGUUUCCCUACUACCGCGAACGAUUUCCUGCCUGGCAGAAUUCAAUUCGACACAACCUCUCGUUGAAUGACUGCUUCAUCAAGAUCCCUCGGGAGCCUGGCAACCCGGGCAAGGGGAACUACUGGAUCCUAGAUCCAAACUCCGAAGAUAUGUUCGACAAUGGCAGCUAUCUGCGUCGACGAAAGCGCUACAAGCGAGCUCUGCCCUCUUCCUCCCCUUCAGGCAAGCACUGUUUCGACUCCGACCUCACGGGCUCGGCCAGCGAAGUGGGCAGUUUCAUAGUCGCCGGUACAGCCGAGGGACAUUUUGGUCUAAGCGAAGUGUCCUCCUAUUCUUCCAACAGUGCGUCGCCCACCGACGACAUGGCCAGUCUAAUCAAUGUCAUUCUGCCCACACCAGGCUUGUGUGGUCGGGAAAACACACUUCAAACGAGUGUGUCCAACACUAGCACAACUAGCCCUACGGUGCUCGCGAAUGACAUGUCUUUUGUUCCAGCUGACGAAGCAACUGCUGCAUCGGGUGAGUCGACCGGUUGCGAUGCUUCCAUCGCUCCCACUGGGCCUGAUCAGAUGUCCAACGCCGUCAAUUUGGCUGAUCGGUGGCGCCAGACGGCCGACAGCCCCAUCUAUUCAACCGUCUCGCCGGCAAGGGCCGGUUCCAGUUCGCGCAGCAGUUGCGGCCCUGAUCCGGGAUCAGAUUUUGGCUUGGUUGGUCAGACGACAAACUCCGAUACAGUCAUGUCAAGAACGGCCUUUCCAGCCUCUUGUUCGAUGCUCGGAAUGGCAGCGCAACCGGGCGUCGAGGUGACUCCUGCUCAGAUGGCGAUUCCGCCAUUUUUCCCUCCCAGCAGUCUUGCGCUACAGAAUGUUGCCAACACAACCAGUGAGCCCGGAUCACAAGGUGGUAUGGAAACUCGCCUAUCCGACAAGACUUCAGACUACCUCAUGAACAACCUUUUGCCCUGUCUUAGCAACGAAAUGUUGACCGCAGCAGCCGCGGCUUCACUGACAAACUGGUCGAGUUUGCCCGUCCGAUUUGAGUCGGGCCUCCUCGAACCGCUGAGGUCAAGCCAGAGCUGUCUGGCCUGGCCAGCAGCGCGAAUGACUGAAGGGGAAGCGGAGGCAUUUCGAGGGCAAAAGCACGAUCCAGACCGAGACCGAGAAGACCUUCUGAUGCUGCAUCUACUCCCGCAAUUGCUUGUUCCAGGGCUCCUCCCUAAGCUCAGUCAGUCUUCGCUCAACAGCCUAGGCCUCGAACUGCCAGCCUCAAUCAGGUCGUCAGGAGUGUGGCGAGAAAUUGAUGUCGGCGAAUGUGAUGAAAAGUUGCUGGCUAAAGCCGACACCGAUAGAAUAUUGGAGCCUGAUUUUCAAGGAAAGCAGCACCGAAAAGCAACAGUGGACCUCGAAAGGAAGCUGUUAAGACGGAGAAAAAUUGAAGCUGCUCUUUCGAGAAAGCCGCAAGAUUUUGAUGUCAACAAUGGAGAAUCUGACCAGCAGAAAGAAAAUAAAGAGGACAGGUUGAGGUCAAGAGUAGCAACGAAGGAUGACCAGGAGCUGUUUAUCGAAGCCAAUGAGAAGAGAGGCAUACAAGUGAUAAACAGAGACGAGAAUAAAGUGAAGAAGAAUAAAAUGGAGGAAGAAAAGGAGACGACUGAAAAGCGGAGAAGGAGAGGAAUAUUUCCGGAAGAAGAUAAUAAGGCGGGAGGCCUAAUUUUAGUAAGGGAAGAUGAAACCGGCGAAUCUAGAAAAAAUGAAAAGCAGGAAGGCGAGGGCAAGCAGCAACCGCUGGAACGGAGGAAGGAGAAGAGGCAUGAGCCAGAGACAUCGGCUGAAUUCUCGCAGGGAGGCAAGAGCCCCGAGUUAUGCUUCAGUUUUGCUCGCAACUUCCCUUUGCCCUUGCGAUCGCCUACGCCCAAAUUGGCCGAGGUAAAACAGAAGGCCUUCAGUAUAGACGAGCUGAUUGCCAGUCCUUGGCCGGAACGGGCCACUAAAGCUUUUCGUCCGCCAGAAAAUAUGACUUGUUCAGCCGGAGACAAUACGGCGCAAAGGCCGAAAGAAUGUCCCAAUCAACAGGGCGAUUGCCAGUUUUACUCUGAAGUCGUGGAGGAGGACUGUUACUGCUCCGUGGGUGCUACAUUUUGGCCAAUCGAAAGAGCUUCUAGCUUCACCAAACAGGCCGAUGAGCCUCCAACUUCACGGGUCAUCAGCUCGCAUGAACCAACUGACUGUUUUAUUCCGUUCGGAUCAGGCUCACUUCAACUCGCUUUGUCGGCUCUAACGCCACCGGCCGAUUCAGGUCGAUUAGCGGCAUCUGGUACUCUCGCUGGCACAUUUACAGACCUGACUUUGGGUCCCGGUGUCUGUGAGCCGAUCACCCUUGACCCUACGAGGGUCACCUUGUCUAUGAGGUCGCGAGACGAGUCAAGACAAAUGGAAUCUUACUCCACAAAAUGCAUCCCGUUUUCAGCUGCAUUAGACCAGACUCCCCACAGGGAUGAGCAUGUGGUUGGUCAACUUAACCCUGCCAUGACCGACAGUGCUUCAUCGGCUUCCUGCCUUGCUCAUUGGCCUACCGCUGGACAAUUUGAGAACCCGGCAACAGAGGGGAUGGGCCCUUUGCUGGUAGCAAACUUGCCCAGUUUGCAUGAGGGUACCAUUCAUGAAGAGUCCCCAAAUGAGGGCGUUGAAGCGGCGGCCUCUUCAUCAACUUCAUCAUCAUCCCAGUCAGGAAUAGUAUCAUCAGCACGUGGGCAUGACGAACCUCCUGCAACAAUCCGGUUUCAGGGACCGGAACUCUCAAAGGACCCUCCUACGAGGGUCCGCCAAACGAUUCAGGAACAGCUGUACUCGUCUUGGAAGAGGCCUUCCAUAUUUUACGACCUGUUUGGUCUAUCCCCACAGUGCAUUUGCCCUCAAGUUUCCAUACAUUCUCCACUUCCCUCGCCCUAA